AUGUUGAGGAAAAUUUGGUCGUGUCUCUCUACGACUACCCAUCUUUGGAGAACACGGAGCUAACCAUGCACAUGGGGGAGAAAUUAACAAUCCUAUCGGAUGAUGGUGAUUUCAUGCUGGUGAGAUCUGCGACCACAGGCCGCGAGAGCUACAUCCCCGUCAACUACACGGCCAAGGUGACACACAGAUGGCUGUUCACGGGCAUCAGCAGGUACAAAGCAGAGGAGCUGCUGAAGCAUUCAGACAACCAGAGUGGAGCCUUUUUGAUCCGAGACUCUGAGACGCACAGAGAUUGCCACUCCCUGUCCAUUCUGAGGAGGACCAGCUCUUCCAGCCUGAACCCCGUGAAGCACUACCGCAUCUCCCACCUGGAAAACUCCUGGGUCUACAUAUCUCCAGGACUCACGUUCCCCUCGCUCCGUCACCUGGUGGAACACUACUCAGACUCUGCCGACGGGCUGUGCUGUCGGCUGACGGAGCCUUGCAUCAUCCGGGGUCUGGACGGUUCCUGUGAGGCUCGGCCUGUUCCCAUAGCCAUCAGGAGACCUACUAUCAACUGGAAGGACAUCAGCAGGUCAGUGAUCCUCAAGAGGAAGAGGACGGAGUCAGACAACUCUCUGGUGAGCGAGGGUCUGAGGGAGGCCAUCAGCUCCUACCUCCAGAUGACGGAGUGCAAAGAUCACUUCUGGGACACGUGAGCAAAGCGUUUGGAUCACUUUGAAAGACUGAAAUCAGGCAGAGCGUGAAAUACUGUCCCGUCACAGCUGCAGCUUGAGCGAGCCACCGGARGACGUCUCGCAGGCCCAAAUGUCUUUUUGUGGACGUUCCUGGAGUAGGAGUGAGACUGAGACACUACAUCAGACGGCUGAUUGUUUUAAUGAAAGAAGCACAGGGGGGAGGUGUGAGCUGCAAAUACAAAAAAAGACUGUUUCUUUUUAUUUAUACAUUAUUGUAAAAACACAGAUAAUGUAAUAUUGUUUGUACAGAACAGAAAAAUGAUUGUUAUUGUGAUUAUAUUAUUGGAAUCCAAUUUAAGUUGUACGCUGCAUAAUAAAAGUACAUCAUACACAAACUCAGUUUAA